UUUCAACACUACACUACUACUGCUAGGAGGAACUUCCACAACGGGAAUUGCUGCCCUUCCAGCCCAAAAUCUGUAGUUUGUUAUUUUACAACACUUCUUUCACAGAAUACCACUGGGGGAAAUGUCGCACAUUAUUAAAUCAGCAUUAGCUGAUAUGGGGUGGGACGUGCGCCACGCCGUCCCGGAGCUCAACGCUGAAAACAAGGCUCUGCUAGCGGAGAUUUCCGAAGCUGAGAGGCAGCUGGUGCAGCUGGAUAAUGAUAUUGGGAACAACACGGACAGUAAACAACAAAUGACGACAUACAUCAGAAGUGCAAAACGAGAGCUGGAAUACCAAGAUGCUCUGCUGAAGGCAAAGGUCAGUGAGGUGGAGUUAGUGAAUCAUCUCACAGCUCUGGCAGAGAGAGAGACGGGUCACCUGGUCCAGCAGACAGCUGCGAUGAAGAGGGAAAACGGGACUUUAAGAGGGCAGAAAGACAUGCUAGAGAAAAGCAUGUUCAAGACAGAACAUAAACUUGAAGAGUUUAAGCUUCAAAUGGACUGGGACCAGCAGAUUUUGGAUGCUUUCUUGGAGGAAUCAGCACGUAAAGACGAGGACAUGAUGUCCAUCGUCAAGUACGCUCAGCAAGAAGAACAUAGGAUCAAGUCCCUCACCGUGACCAUCGAAAAGAAGGCGCUGGAAGCCAGUGAGAAGUACAAAGCACUUGAGAAACAGCUGAUAGAAACAACAACUGCACAGACGGCUUUCGACAAAACAGUAGAGAUCCUGAACCAGAUUCACCUCGAGGUGGAGCAGCUCAUCACUCAGUGGGCCAACUCUGUGGAGCAGAUAAAGCAUCAGGACUCUGAGAUGCAGCGUUGCGCUCUGCAACUUGUCCAGGCUAACCAUGCCAUCCGAGAGAAGAAUGCAGCUCUUACAAAGAGUCGGAACCUCCUGGAAACUCAGAAGGACAGCAACCAAUCGAAGGAGAGGAAGAUAAACACAGCAAAGAUGAUGGGAGCAAAGCUCCGGCAAAACCUGAAGGAGCAGGAGGAAAAUUAUGUCAGGCUUCAGGAUGAGCUGAAGGGUGGCAGAGUCGUGCUGAACAGAACCACCUCUGAGGUGGAGGCUCUGAUGGCCCAGAUCUCCAGAACUAAGAAGGAUCUUCAUCAGAACAACGAGAAGUUAAAGGAGGCCAGGGCCUACAACACUGCCCUGGAGGAGAAGUUGAAAGCUGCAACUCGGACCACGGUCAGCAAGGAGGAGAGGGCUGCUCAGGUAGAACAGUUCCUGAAGGAAAAAGAACAGGGGAUCAAGGAGUUGGACUCUCAGCUGCAUGUCCUCACGGGGGCGCUGUCUCAUCACAGACAGCAGCUCCAGCUCCUCAAGACCAAGGAAAAAGAAUUCACCAUGCAGAUUACCAGAAGUAAAUCCACCAUAAGUAGCCUGGAAUGCCAGCAUCUGAAGCUGGAGAAGGAAGUGAUCCGGCAGCAGAUGAUUACCACUCUGCAGGACACCAAGAUCAUCUUACUCAGUAAGAAACUAGCAAGGCUGCAUGGAGACAUGGACACAGGUGAAAGACACACGCUGGAGAGGAAGAUUUCUGAGCUGAACGAAGUUCUGGAUGAAAAGCAAAAGUCAGCCAAGAAGCUCACCAACACUCUCAGAGAGUGUGAGGAGAAUAUUCGCUGUUUGAGGAGAGAGAAGGAGAAGUCAGAAGCUCAGAAGGCUGAUCUAAACGAGGAGCUAAAGAUGCUGAUGACACUUUGUUAUAGGUGUGAAAAUGAGCUGAAGAGACUUAGUCUGAGGAAACAGGAGGAAAUGGUGGAGCGAAAGAUGGUCAUGAUGGAAGUGAAGCGCGUGAAGGACCUCCUGUACAGCAAGGCCGACACCAUGCUUUCUCUGGAGAAGAGGAAGUCAGAGCGGGAGAAAGCCUUGAAGAUAAAGAAGGAGGAGAUAAAGGUCCUCAUCAAAACGCUCAGCCAGCAGCUAAAGGUCACAGAGCAGGAGAAACAGAAGCUCCAAGCUGAAUUCAGCGAGAAACUGACCAGGAUCGAGCGGCUGAAGAGCCGUUUUGAGGUCAUGGUCCUUUCGAUGGGCGCUCUUGAAGGCGAGGAGGAGAAAACUCAGGCCUUCUACAUCGUAAAGGCUGCACAAGAUAAAGAGGAACUCAGGCAGAAGGGAGACGAGCUGGAGGCUAAAGUCCACAAGAUGGCACUGGAAACUAAAGCUCUGGAGAACACUAUCCUAAUGUUUAACGACCUCUUAAGCUCGUCGUAUCACCGCUCCUUCAGCAAAGUCAAAGAAUCCAGUCUGACGUACCAGGAGAAGGUGAAGCUGGAGGAGCAGCUGAGGUCAAACAAGGAGAGGCUGGAGCAGAAGCAACAACAGGUCCAAGAGCUUCAGCAGGACAUGCAGGACAUGAACCAGACACUGGAGAGGCUGAUGCAGGACGACCAGGUGGAGAGACGUGAGAUGCAUCACAAACAGACUCUCACCGCUAAACUGAACAGAGAAACGACGUCCUUGCAGGAGAAAAUCGACAGAGCCACAAAGCAGAGCUCCAAACUGACCAAACUAAUCUGCUCCGCUAAAGACACCAAAGCUGAGACUCUGGAGUUGCAGGACAUCAAGCUGAAGGAGUUGAAGGAGUUCAACAAAAAUAUCAACGAGAUGCUGCAUAAAGUCAUGAAGGACAAUGAUGACCUCAGAUCAGUGCUGGAGAAAUCCCUCCUGCAGGCCAACCUGCACCUUCCAUCUCCACUUUCCACUCUCAGCAGCCGCAGGAGCUCCAGAGCUAACUCGGCCUCCACCUCCCCCAGGUCUCCGGUCUCCUCAGCUAGAAGAAACACCAAAAGUCUGGCCCUCUCCUCUGCCCAGCUGAACACCAUCAGCCUGGACUGGGAUCCGGCUGCUUCCCCUUCUCCUCCUGCCUCCUCCAGGAGCUUCACCUCUACAAAGAGCAACAGGAAGUCAAAGUUCUAGUGCAGCUUGAAUACGUUUAUAUGAAACGCAACAGAACAGCUUCAGACUCAGGAACAUGAAUGUGUUUACCAGUUUGUUUAGAAAAUGCAGGUUUGAUGUUCAAGUCAGACAAACUGGUGGUGAAGAGUUUGAUUUGUGUUAUUUUACAUUUUCAUUCUGUUUCCUUUAUAAAAUCAGGUUUCUGUUGUUUAUUGAACCAAUGCAGAGAUUUAGGGGUCCUUUAGGUGACCGCAGGCCUCUCACUGACCGCUGAUGUGUGUCGUCCAUGUUACGUUUGUGAUUUUAGAGGUGUUUUGUUGUUGUUUGUUAUUUUAAUAAAGGACGAUUUCCUGUUUCA